GGCAGGGCCCGCCCCCAGCCGCGCGGGACGCUUGUUAUAACCGCGGCUCUCGAGCGCCCCGGAAGCUGCCCCUUCUCGGGGGUCAUGAUGGGCAGCAAGAUGGCGUCUGCCAGCAGGGUCGUUCAGGUAGUCAAGCCACAUACUCCAUUAAUAAGGUUCCCUGACAGAAGAGACAAUCCUAAACCAAAUGUAUCAGAAGUUCUACGAUCAGCAGGACUACCAUCUCAUACUUCCUCAAUUUCGCAGCAUUCUAAGGGAAGUAAAUCACCAGACUGGCUGAUGCAUCAGGGUCCACCAGACACUGCAGAGAUAAUAAAAACUUUACCUCAGAAAUACAGAAGGAAACUUGUGUCUCAAGAAGAAAUUGAAUUUAUCCAACGUGGAGGUCCGGAAUAAUCACUGACAAUGAGGCUGCAAUGAGAAGAGACAAUGAGACUCUUCUUUUAGAAGAGUCUUUCUAAAAAAGGACUUCCAGAAUGACAAAUGAAAAACUGUAUAUUAAACAACUUUAAUAAAUAUUCUGUAAAAAGAAAAAAAAAAGAUAAAGUAUAAAAAAUUUAGAUGGACACUUAUAUCUCCUAAUUUAUGUAUCUUUGUCAGCUUCUCUAGAAGCUUACCUGAUUGUUUAUAUACUUUAUACCUUAAUUAAAGUAUACAUUUUAAAAUGUUA